UUUCUCAAAGGUUAGGUGAUUAAAAAACAACUCAAAGGUCAUAAAUUAAAUAAAAAAAACUAAAGACGGCUGAACUGCGAGUUUCUUAAGUGGGUCCCACAAUUUAACGAUUCUACACAUAUUCGUCUGAUUCACCGGUCGUCCGCCUUCGUGGCCGCUGAGAAUAUAUGCAAACUUCAAUACAUAUUUUUCAAAUUUCUUUCUUCAAUUCUUUUCAAUUUUGAAUUUUUAUCAGCAAUGGCAACUUCUCCUUCUUCAAGCCAUACUUAUACCAGUACUCUUCACCACCACCGCCGCUUACACCUCCCACCUCGCCGCCACCAACCCUUCAAAUUCAAACCAACCACUCCAAAUUUACAGUUUCACCCUCAAUCCCACCCUCCAAAACCCUACUUAUGUAGUAGUAAUAGAAUAAAGUUGAAUAAUUUGGUAAAAUGCAAUGCCUUUGAUACCGAUGAGCAAGAACUGGAACAAGAAAGUUAUGAAGAAGACAAGCAAUUCGUGAAGUGGUUUCGCGAAGCUUGGCCCUAUUUAUGGGCUCAUAGGGGUAGCAUUUUUGUUGUAAUUAUCUCCGGUGAACUUAUUUCUAGUAAUUUCUACCUCGAUCCUAUUCUAAAGGAUAUUGCGUUUCUUCAUCACCUUGGAAUCAGAUUUGUGCUUGUUCCUGGUACCCAUGUUCAAAUUGAUAAUCUUUUAGCUGAAAGAGGGCAUGAAGCUAAGUAUGUUGGUUCAUAUAGAAUAACUGAUUCUGAGGCGUUAGCUGCCUCUAUGGAGGCUGCUGGCAAGAUUCGCAUGAUGAUUGAGGCUAAGCUUUCUCCUGGUCCUUCCAUUUGUAACAUUCGUCGACAUGGUGAUAGUAGUCGUUUGCAUGAUGUUGGUGUCAGUGUUGCCAGUGGUAAUUUUCUUGCUGCCAAGAGAAGAGGAGUUGUUGAAGGUGUUGAUUUUGGAGCAACUGGCCAAGUGAAGAAAGUAGAUGUUACUCGCAUGCGUGAAAGACUUGAUGGCGGUUGUAUUGUUUUGUUGAGCAAUCUAGGAUAUUCCAGCUCUGGAGAAGUUUUAAAUUGCAACACUUACGAAGUUGCGACAGCGUGCGCAUUAGCCAUUGGUGCAGAUAAACUUAUUUGUAUCAUAGAUGGACCCAUUUUAGAUGAGAGUGGGCACCUGAUCCGUUACUUGGCUAUUGAUGAAGCAGAUGCUCUUAUUCGGAAGCGAGCUAUGCAAAGUGAGAUAGCUGCUAACUAUGUAAAAGCUGUAGGCAAAGAUGAUUUCCCAGAUGGUCUCACUUCUAUUGAACACAAUGAUUCUGUCAGUGUUGUACCUUCAUUGCCAAAUGGGACGCCUGUUAAUGAUGAUUCUGUUGGACUCAUACCUCCAUCACAGAAUGGGAAACCUGCUAAUGGAGCGCAUAAUGUAGCCUUCCAAUUCCAGAAUGGUGUUGGCUUUGACAAUGGAAAUGGGUUAUGGUCUGGGGAACAAGGCUUUGCUAUUGGAGGCCAAGAACGGCAAAGUCGAUCAAAUGGUUACCUUUCAGAACUGGCUGCUGCAACUUUCGUUUGUAAAGGAGGUGUAGAAAGAGUACAUCUUUUAGAUGGCACAAUUGGUGGAGUUCUAUUGUUGGAACUUUUUAAAAGAGAUGGAAUGGGGACAAUGGUGGCUAGUGACCUAUAUGAAGGGACUCGAGUGGCCAGAAUGACUGAUUUCUCUGGAAUAAGACAGAUCAUACAACCAUUGGAGGAUGCUGGAGUAUUAGUUCGGCGGUCUGAUGAAGAGCUGCUUAAAGCAUUGGAUUUAUUUGUUGUUAUGGAAAGAGAAGGCCAAAUCAUUGCUUGUGCUGCUCUUUUUCCUUUCUUUGAGGACAAGUGCGGAGAGGUUGCAGCUAUUGCAGUUUCUCCUGAAUGUCGCGGACAAGGACAAGGGGACAAAUUACUUGAUUUCAUUGAGAAGAAGGCCUCCAACCUUGGCUUGGAAAUGCUUUUCCUGCUUACAACUCGUACCGCUGACUGGUUCACAAGGCGCGGUUUCUCAGAAUGUUCAAUUGAAAAGAUACCAGAUAAAAGAAGGAAGAAGAUCAAUCUGUCGCGAAAUUCAAAAUAUUAUAUGAAGAAGCUGCUGCCUAAUACUAGCGGGAUUACAAUUAAUAGAGCGUUCAGCUAGGGUUUUGUCGGCCUACAAAGAUCUAUUAGUGUAAGUAGAAGAUCAAACAUCUUUCCCUUUUCCUGAGAUUGCUAGAGAUGCUGAAAGAGGGGGGAAAAGAUUAUAAAUUAUGUGCCUAAUCAGAUAAUGCAAUCAGAAGGUCGGUUGCAGGUUUGAAGCACAAUUUUGCCAAUCAGAAAUUUGGAUGCACAUCAAAAUACAAGUUAGCUAAGGAAAUGUAAAAUGAGUUGGUUAGUUGGUACUGUUAGUGAUUCUUUCAGCUAGGGACAAGUUUUUUGUACCAAGAUGUAUAAUUGAAAAUUAUAAUAAUGAUGAUAAUUAUGAAUAAAGUUUAUGACUUUUCUUUUGUAA